CCGCUGAAUAUUUGAUGUAAAAGACGUUAACAUGUAAACAUCCGAACUUUUGUUAGAAUCACACGCGUGUCGGGGAUCUACUAUUCUCCGCCCGUACCGCGUUGGAAAUAUCAGUGUAAAUGGAAAAUCAGUGACUUACAAAUGUGUUUAUUUUUGUUUACCUAUAAAUUUUUGUAAAUUCGUUUUUUUCUUAUUUACAAUAUGGAUACAAAUAACACGGGUUCUGAUACGGGUACCGAGGAUAGAACGGCCAAGCGGAUCCUAAGGGAACGUUCGUCCAGGCGUCCUCUUCAGCUAAAACUGAGACAAAAAAGACAGACAAUGCAAAACAUGACCAGACCCUUAAAACAGUGGCUCUGCAAAAAUCGAGACAACCCCUACCCUUCUAAACUGGAGAAAGAAAUCCUUGCCCGUGAAUCUCAGAUGACCAACACACAAGUCUCCAACUGGUUUGCCAAUGCUAGGCGGAGAUUGAAGAAUGCUGUUAAGGGAGAUAAUAUUGCUUGGUCCACUCGAGUCAAAUUAUACAAUAGCAGCGUCCCUGGCAACGCCGAGCUUCUCAGCAUCAGUUCCGAUGACAGUAGUCUCUUUGAUUCAGAUGAUAACGACGAUUCAAUAACAAACACAGAUGAACAGAUUCACACAUCAGAUACACGGGUAGGAUUCAGUCCUGUGGUAGAGGAUCCACCCUCCGAUGACGUGGUUGUUCCGUCUCGAUCUCAGACCCCUACCAUUGGAUUUUUCCCGCCAUUGGAAUCCGAUUUCCAUAGGCCUUUCAGAGAGUGCAUGCAGGGACCUCAAAAUAAAUUUAAACAGACAAUUCUGCAGCGUUACUUGAGUGACACGUGCAACCAGGCCUCUGCCACUCAUGUUGACAUGGAAAUGUCUGCAUUCAACAAAACUAGAUCUCGGAAACCAUCAGGGUCUAUAGGGUCACGUGACUACGAAGAAAUGUCCACGGCUUCUGGGUUCUCGUCUGCUGCUGAAAGUCAGUUCUACUACCCAAUAGAUGACCCCGUGGAUGAAUUGGAAGCCGCCGCUAGGAGGCGCAGGAUCUCAGGAGAUGUAAGACGACAAGAUGAUAUUCACUGGAAGGAGAUCAGUGCCGCCAUGGCCCUUACGUCACUGGCACGCGGAAGCAGAUACCCAUACCACUAAAUAUAUUUUGCACACUUCGUUCGGGAUCCUUCGAGUAUACGGCCAGUUACCAACCACAGUGAUCUCCCCUUGUUCGAAGUAGAGGAGUGUUUUUAAAUAUUAACAUUUUUUCCUUUAACAAUAUUAUCUCAAUCUUCAGGGACAGAGUUUAAUCUUUAUACGUGUUCAGUGAAAGUUUUUGUAGAAUGAUCGGUCGGAUAUGUGUUUUAACUCUGUGAUUCGGUCUUACGUCAAAUGGCAAACGUUUGUGUUUCUAUGUACAGAUAUUCCACAUAUUUUUUAAUCAUUGUUCAUAGAUAUUUUCAUUGCCAUGGUUACAGUAGUUAGUUGUAAAUGUUUACAAGAUGAUAUAUUUUAAUCUUUUAAUUGUUAUAUAUUAUAUACAUUUCACUUGUAACUAGUGUAGUGAGCAACAGUUUGAAUGUCAAGAAUGAGCGCUGAUACAAAGAAAAAUUUGAAAAAAGCGCAGCCAUGGAUGGAAAGGGACGUCUAAUAAUUCUAUAAAUAUAUUUCAACACAAUAA